AUGCUCAUCACACUUGAGAAUGCGCCAAUCCUCAUUCUGAGCGUCAUAUUUGCCUAUUUUUUGGUGCCCUACUUUCAAUACUCGCGACUCCGCGACAUCCCCGGCCCAAGGCUUGCUGCCUUCACGAAUCUCUGGUUGCUACUACAGGCUCGCCAUGGGAAACGAUAUCUGUCGGUCGACCAAGCUCACAAGAAGUAUGGCAAGCUUGUGCGAAUUGCCCCUCGUCACGUCUCCGUUGCGGAUGAUGAAGCAAUCACAGCUGUGUAUGGACACGGCAAUGGGUUUUUGAAAUCUGACUUCUAUGAUGCUUUUGUUUCCAUCCGGCGUGGUCUGUUCAAUACGCGUGACCGUGCUGAACACACUCGCAAGCGUAAGACAGUCUCGCACACGUUCAGCGCCAAGUCUAUUGGUCAAUUUGAGCAAUACAUCCACGGCAACAUUGAGCUCUUUGUGAAACAAUGGCGGAAGAUGGCUGAUGUCGAAGCCAACCCAAAGACUGGGUACGCGAGCAUCGACGCGCUCCACUGGUUCAACUACCUCGCCUUUGAUAUCAUCGGCGACUUGGCAUUCGGGGCCCCCUUCGGUAUGUUGGAGAAAGGUCAGGAUAUCGCCGAGAUGCGUUUGCAUCCCGAUGACCCGCCCAAGUACGUUGCCGCGGUGGAGGUGCUUAACCGUCGGGGUGAAGUCUCAGCCACACUAGGCUGCAUGCCGUCCCUCAAACCGUUCGCCAAGUACCUUCCCGACAAGUUCUUCUCGGAGGGACUGCAGGCGGUUCAGAAUCUGGCCGGUAUUGCUAUUGCGCGGGUCGGUGAACGUCUCAAGCCCGAGGUGAUGGCCAACAACACUCGCGUUGAUCUUCUCGCUCGUCUGAUGGAGGGCAAGGAUGGGAGCGGAAACAGCCUCGGACGCGAGGAGUUGACCGCGGAGGCUCUCACUCAGCUGAUUGCCGGUUCGGACACCACCUCCAACACUGCCUGCGCGAUUCUGUACUGGUGCCAGCGUACUCCCGGUGUGAUUGAGAAACUUCACAAGGUUCUCGACGCGUCGAUUCCCAAGGAUAUUGACGUACCUACAUUCUCCAUGGUCAAAGAUAUCGACUAUCUUCAAUGGGCCAUUUGGGAAACCAUGCGUAUCCACUCCACUUCCGCCAUGGGUCUGCCGCGUGAGAUCCCUGCGGGCGCAGAUCCCAUAGUCAUCUCCGGCCACACUUUCGGUCCCGGCGACGUGCUCUCCGUGCCCAGCUACACCAUCCACCACUCCAAGGAGAUCUGGGGUCCCGACGCCGAGGAAUUUGUGCCGGAACGCUGGAAUCCCGAACGUCUCACUGCCCGUCAGAAGGCGGCUUUCAUUCCGUUCAGCCAUGGCCCUCGCGCCUGCGUGGGCCGUAACGUCGCCGAGAUGGAGUUGAUGAUCAUCGGCGCGACCAUGUUCCGUCUGUUUGACUUUCAAAUCGAACAGGAUGGUCCGAUGGAGACGCGGGAAGGAUUCUUGCGGAAACCGCUUGCUUUGCAGGUCGGUAUGCGUCGACGAUCACCCGCAUAA